CAUACUGCGAGAGGAAAUAAGCAUUUCCUGUAACAAGCAGUUCUUAAAAAGUUAUUUGGUUGAUAUACCUGCUGCCUAUUGAAGCGCAGGAGAAUUUAUAUGUAUUUACAGAACAACAAGAUACAGCAACAGGGCACUAAUAUAAUUUGAGAAUGUGAUUGCACUGCUUGCGUUUGUAAAGUUGAAACCCUGGAAGAAGUUCUUGGACAGAGAGGAAAAAGUGCUUCACUGUGAAAGCGUCAUGCUGCAAACCAAAAAAAGGUGCCCCAACAGAAAAUGUAGCAAAGCAGCUAGAACUCCUGAGAGCUAUGGGCAAUGACCUGCAAAGGAUGAAGACAAGCAGUAAGAUCAUCCCAGAGGAAUUCUACACAAUAACAGACACUGGAAACGGAGAUAUGAAAUGCAGAAUAAGUGCCCUUUGCUGCUUUGUUCAUGAACUGUAUACUGUAGAAAAAUACCUUGGUACCCUCAAUGAAAAGGCUGGCAAACAAGCCAACAACACUAUAACAAAUGCUCUUGAACUCCUGAAAUUACUUGAUGCCUCAUAUUCCAAGACUGAGCCUUCGCAGUAUCUAGAGAAACAAUGCGAACAGUGCAAACAGCACAAGGCUCAUACCACGACAAAGAAUUUAGAGGGGUUCAUUGAAGAUUUCGAAGCAUUAUUGAAAAACCUUGCGACAAACCUUUGAUCAAACCUUGCCCUUGAUAUAUUUAAUCCUGAUUCUUGCCCUUGAUAUAUUUAUAUGGCAAAUAUUUAUUUAUUUAAACCAUAAUUUAUUAUACUAGGGUACCGUUUUUUUGAGAGUGGAUUUUAUGUGUACAUGAAUAAAUUAUAUUUUAUAAU